GGGCUCCACCAAGGCGUCCAACCCAUUGAAUUGCUCUCUCUCAGAUCUCCAUUGAAGCGCACUCAACGUUUUCCAUUGAAGCGCAGUUGACGUUCUCCAUUGAAUCUAGUUCUUGUAUCCCCCAUUGAAGCAGCUUCAAUUCUGAGAUCUUUGAAGGAGAUUGUUGUUGAACUAACUGCGUCAUGAGUAAUGAAGGGGAUGUCUCUACUAGUGGCAAGAAGAAACAUAAGAAACGGAAGAAUAGUGAGAUUAGUGAUUUAGGAGCAGAGGAGGGUAAUGUAGAAUUAGCUGAUGAAAGCCGUCCCAAAAAGAAGCUGAAACAGAAGGUUUUGAGUGAUUCAGGUGUAGACGUAGACUUUGGUGCAGAUAUGGAUAAAAGUCUUAGGAAGAAGAAAAAGAAGGAUGUGAAUGGGAUAGAUGUAGACACACUAUGGGAUGAUAAUAAAAGUAAGGGAAAAAUGAAGAAGGGUAAAUCUGGAGACAGGAGAGAGGCUUCUAAGGUUUUAGAAUCAUCAGGUGAGGCUGUCAAUGAGGAGAAUUUAGAAGUUAGUAGAUCAAAAAGGAGUAGAAAGAAGAAAAAUGAUAGAGAUAAUGUGGAUCAUAAAGAGAAUAGUGGCAUUGAGCUGGUGAAGGGAGGUGUGGCACACUCUGGAGAAGAAGGGCAUGCUAAGAAGAAGAAGAAGAAGAAGAAGAAGAAUCAAACAGAUUUCAAAAUGAAAAAGAAGUCGAAUGAUAAUGUUGGUGAUGCUAGUUUUGUAGAAAAACAGGCUCAUAAUGAGGUUAUUGCGAACAAGAAGCAGAAAAAUGUGAAGGACAGUUUGGGAGAUAGAUAUUUGAGUGAAGAUCAUUUGGGAAAUAGCCAUGUGAAUGCACACAAGAGUGUUGAGGACAGUCAACUUGGAGGCAAUAGUAACAAUGAGCAGGUGAUUAGGAAAAAAAAAGAAGAAGAAAUCAGAAAAAUGCAAAGAUACUGAUUCUGCUGGUGCUUCAGAGAUCAUGGAUACCGAAGGAAGUACUGGUCAUACCAAUUUGAUUGUAAAUCAGUUUGACAAUGAGGUUAUUGAAAACAUCCAACCUGUAAAAGACAAAAAAAGAAAAAAGAAAAAGAAGGAUACUUCAGGAGCAGUUAAUUUGGAUAAAGAACUUGAGAUGAAUACCCAUUGUGCGUCAACCAACGGAAGACAGAAAUUUAGGGAUAGAGGCAAUAAAAAGAGGAAGGAGAAAUCUCGUGGGUGUUAUACUGAGGUAGAUGCAACUGAUUGUAUGCCUGAGAUGAAUAAAGCUGCUGAGCCUUCUGAAUUAUCCACCCAUAAGAAAUCAAAGAAAGUCCAAUUUUCUGAAACUGUGGAAGUUUUCCCUCUUUCUGAUGAAUCGAUCAAGGAGAAAAAGAAAAUGGUUGAAGUUGGAAAUGAGGAGAACAACAAUGUUGAAAAUGGGCUGGUACAAGGUAAACGAUUUUCCAAAGAGGAGGAUGAGAUGGUCCGAAAUGCUGUAUAUAAAUACGUAGAGGAUCACCAGCUGGGUGAAGAAGGUGUAGAAAUGGUCAUGAACUGUAGAUUGCACCAAGAACUGAAAGGCUGUUGGAAAGAAAUUGGAGAAUCUUUGCCUUGGAGACCUUAUUUAGCUGUCUAUAGCCGAGCUCAUGUACUUUUUGAACGAAGUGAGGAUCGCAAGUGGACCCCAGAAGAGGUAGAACUAGUCAAGAAAUUCUAUGAAAAGCACGGACCAGAUUGGAAAACAUUGGGUGACGAACUCGGUAAACAUCGGUUUCAUGUUAAAGAUGUAUGGAGGAGGACCAGGUAUCCCAAUUUAAAAAAGGGGACCUGGUCCCAAGAAGAGUACCAGAACUUAUUUAAUCUUGUCAACAUGGAUUUGAGCAUGAAAGUAUUUACAGAAAAGAGAUCAAAGCAUGGUAUGCUACGAGAUAACAUAGCUUGGGAUGCAGUUAGUGAUCAGCUUGCAACUCGAAGCAAUUCUUUAUGUUGCAUGAAAUGGUAUGACUCAUUAACAUCUCCCAUGGUAGCUGAAGGGAAGUGGGCUAAUUCUGAUGACUAUAGAAUGUUGAUUGCACUCGUAGAUCGUGAUGAUGCUUGUGAAGAUGAUGUGGAUUGGGACAACCUUCUGGAACAUAGAUCUGGUGAUAUUUGCCGUAAGCGUUGGAAUCAAAUGGUACGCCAUAUUGGUGAGCAUGGUAGGAAAUCAUUUAUUGAGCAAGUUGAAAUUCUUUCCCAGAGAUACUGCCCAAAUAUUUUAGAAGCAAGAGAAUCUUAUGACAACAGACCUGCUGUUGAUGCUUAAUGCUAUUUUUGUGUUGUAACUGGUUAUUAAUUGUAGAGACGAUGUGAUUUUCUACUUUAUCUACUUAUAUUCUAGAGAUUAUACUCUUACAUGAUAGUAAUUUAUCUUUGUGGCCUAUUUUUUCUUUUUUUUCUUUUUUUUUUUUGGCUGUAAUUUAUUGACCACAUAAUUUCCGUCUAUAGCCUCUAUAGUUUCUGAACUGAAUGUUUUGCCCUGCUUUGAAGCAGAUUCUUAUAUUUACUUGGUGUCCACUUCUAUUGUUAUUGUAUAUGUAAUUUGUUAUAUCUUAUAUGAGUAUGAUUUUUUUGUUUGUGUAGUGAACUAGUGAUUGUGCAAGUUAUUGAAUGCUCCUAACAUAUCAUGAUUUUAGUAAAUUCACGGUAAGAAGGGAACUGUAAUCAGAAAAGAAAGAUGGAGCAAGAAAGGAAGAGUAUGGUUUCUUAUGAUGUCAUUUGCAGUUCAUCAUUCACAUCUAUAGUUCCUUGAUGCUGAAAGCCUAUAUGUUUCUUGACAAAAAUGUCAGAAUUCGGCACCUUUAUUUAUUUAAGAAUUAUCUUAAAAUAAAGUUAGUAAAAUGUUGCUGUAAUUUCUGUCUUAUAGUUUUAAUCUGUCAACUUAGUGACAAGUUUGUUUUAUAAGAGCUAUUUGUUUAUAGAUGUGAUUUCUUCUCAUUUUGUGUAUGUGGGAUUGGGUAGUGCUUUUGUUGAUUUAGCUGUAGCCAAAUAUGGAGUAGUUUAUUCAUUGUCCUGUUUUAAUUCAACACACUCAAAUAGCUUGCAGACAAAUCUUCUAAGAAUCUACCUAAUAGCAUAAUUAUUAACCAAAACAGGAAAAGAGAGAAACAGGAAAAUAGAGGAGCUUGUGACUUAGGGAAAACAUGCCCUUCUUUGAAUUCCGGUUGAUUGGGGUUUUUCGUUUGUUUGCAUUAACUUUCUAUGACAUGUAUGCAUUAUGCCUUGAGCAUCUGGAUCUUCUUAGGUCGAAUCUUAUUGUCUGUUUUCUGUAUUUUUGACCGGGUAGAAGUUCCUGUUAGUCAUGUUUACUUUCGUUAACAUGCAUUGUUUCUUUAUUGUUUUUUUUGUUGGUUACAAUUAUGUUUUUGAGUUAAAUUUCUUGUUGCAUGCCCGUCUUCUUCUUUCCUUCAAUCUAAAUUUGCGGUUCCUCUACCAUCUUGUAUGUUGUAUACUUAGCUUUUCGUUUAGGCUAUUAACGACUUUUCCUUGUUAGUUAAUACUGCUUCUGUUCUGUAUCUCCUAUCAAGUUAAUUUGUAGAUGAUAUUUCUGACUUUUAAUUCCUGAUAUGAGGGGAAAAAAAAACACUUAGUGCUUGUGUAGGAUCCUUGCUGGCCUGGUGUUGAUGCAGUCGUGAGACUCUGUGCAGCUGGUGGUGUGAAGGUACAACAUUCUAUGCAAUAUUUGUUUGUAGUAAAGUAUUUUCUGUGAGCUUAAAUGUAAGAAAAAUUAAGUAUAUUGUGAGAGAUCAGCAGAAUCAAUUCACUCGACUUUUUUUAUAAGCAAGAGAUGGGGAGAACCCGCAAAAGUUUCUACACAUCGGGGGAACCCAUCAGUUAAUACAUCCCUCUCCAAUGUCCCCAACUGGAGAGCUAAAACAAGCAGCAAGAUGGGUAACAGUUUUUGAGCUAGCUAAAAGGAUUCCAUAUUCUAUGAGAAAUUGUGAUGGUAAAAUCACGGGUUUAGGGUUUUUGAUAAAAAAAAUGCCUAGAAUUUUGCCUUUCUCAUCCUAAGGGAUUUAGAUCAUCAAUUCACUAUUUUUUCUUUUUAUUUUAUUUUUUAUAUAGUUUGAUUGUUUUUCAGUUAAUUUUUGAUGAAAAAUAGGUCAUGGGUAUGAUCGAACAAUUUGUCGUAUAUUAAUGUUUAGCAUAAUAUUGUUCAUGUAUAUUACUUUCUUAGGAUGUUGCUAUUAUUUAAGGUUUUGCUGAUUUGAAUGAUGAAAUAUGCUGCUAACUAGCUCCUGAUGAUCAUGAAAAUUAUGUUUUGAAUUGUGCUAUCUUGAUAAUUAUCAUCAAUCAAUCACGUUGAUUGGCCCUAUAUCACUUAAAUUUUUUAAAUCUUUUUCUUUGAUAAUUUGAAUGAUCAUUUUUGUGAUUCGUUUUGGAUUUUUGUGUUCACAAUCGUUAUGUGUUUGCUUUAAUCGACUCUUUUGUGCAACAGACUUUAUAGAAUUAGCCUUGGAUUUUAAUUGAUCUUGGACGCGAUUUGGUUCGGGUGGUGCUGAUAGUAAGCAUUGAAUUGAAGACUCCUCUGGUAUGUUCUAGAUAUGUUGCAGAAGAGGUUAAAUUAUAGGCUCAGUGGUUAUCGGGUGCCUUUCAUUUCUAGAACUGCGAGGCCUGGUAGGGUAAAUUCACUUCCUUUUGAUUAUCUGUUGUGUUGAGAUUUUGUAAUUUAUAUGAACUUGCUGAAGAGAUGCCUGAUUUGAGAAAAAGCUGUGGACAAAAAAAUUGUGUGCAUUUGAUUUAUUGGUUACUGUUGCCGGGAAAUUACUUGAGGGAGAGAGUUUUCAGAAUCUGCCAAUCAAGAACGAUCAGCUGGGCAGUGAACAAGAUGUCGUUAUGCAGGACAAGAUGAAGGCAAUCUGUGUCUGAAGAUAAGCAUUGUGGUAAAGGGAGCAAUGAAGUUGAUCCCUUAAUUUGGAUCUUGGAUUAAAGGUACAGGACCAAGACUGCAAUGUAAAGGAAAAUUCUGGUCCACAGAAUGAAUGAAUAUGAAUGAUGACAAGAGUGAUUUCUGUAGCUAUUCCUGGAACACAGUAGGAUUUGCUCCUGCUCACACCGAUUCUUGUGUUUCGAAAGUGAGUGGACCUACGGAAGAACAUGAUGGCAAAAGAGAGAUAUUGUCUGGCCACAGGCUAUUUUUCAAUGGGAACACUACCUAGUACAAUGAAACCUGCUAGGUUGCCUGCUCGUAUAGGUGCUUGUAGAAUAAGUAAGCUGUUGGCAUCCAAGCAUUUGAUAUUUAGCUCAAGGACUGAUCAUUCUGUUACUGGAUUAUGCUGCAUUUACCACAACAAGAGGACUGGUUGUAAGUGCCAGAGAUCUCAAAGGAUCUAUCCUGUUAAGAGGAAGUUCUAUCACCCAUUCACUAUGGCUCUUUACUGAAUUCUGAUGGAGAUUAUGAUUGUAAAGGUGUGUAUGAUUUUCUUGAUAGGCCUAUUGAUCAAAUCAUCUGUGCUUUUAGUGCAGUCAGGCAUAGAGUCCUGGCCUCUGGUAUUUGUGUUGUUUAUUAUCCAUAAAUGUGUCAAAUUGCUGCUAAAUGUACAAUUGUACAUCCUGUUAUAUUUAACUCUCAUACAUAAUGAAUGAUUUACAAAUGAA